AUGCAACGAAGCCAACCACAUGUUACCAGGCCAGCAUCUAACUUCCGUAAAAGGUCUCCAGUGCCUCAAGUCAAAUUCCAACCCAUUUACUCAGAUGAGGGCUCUAUUAAUUCUCUCUCACGUGGCAAUACAUCGAAAGACGAAACUUCUGAAAUUUUUGAAACGGACAAUGAUGAUGCGGAAGAAGUGAACCUGAUCAUAACCAAUCUAAGAGGAAUGAAGCUCUCCGAGUUGAGAGCUCUUGCGAAAUCUCGUGGUUUGAAAGGAUUCUCAAAUGACGUGUUAGAUCAGAUAUCAGAAGACGAAACUUCGGAAAUUUUUGAAAUCAACAAGGAUGAUGCGGAAGAAGUGAACCCGAUCAUAACCAAUCUAAGUGGAAUGAAGCUCUCCGAGUUGAGAGCUCUUGCGAAAUCUCGUGGUUUGAAAGGAUUCUCAAAGAUGAAAAAACAAGAGCUCAUUGAGUUGCUAAGUGGAGGCUCAAUCUGA